AAAUGCUGCUCUUGUAAAUCCAGUACAUCAGUCAACAUGCCGAAGGUUAAGAGUGCGAAGAAAUCAAGAGUUCACGAGCAGGUUUUCAAACAAGGUAUCCAGUUCAGAACUGACAUUGGACAGCAUAUCCUGAAGAACCCCUUGAUCGUAGACGCCAUUAUUGAUAAGGCUGCCCUGCGAAGCACCGACACUGUCUUAGAGGUUGGUCCUGGAACAGGCAACAUGACCGUAAAACUCCUCGAAAAGUCCAAGAAGGUGGUGGCGUGUGAGUUGGACCCCAGACUUGCCGCGGAGUUACAGAAGCGAGUUCAAGGAACUCAUCUUUCCAGUAAGCUUCACAUGAUCAUUGGUGAUGUCUUGAAGUCGGACCUUCCGUUCUUUGACGUCUGCGUUGCCAACCUUCCUUACCAGAUCUCCUCCCCCUUUGUCUUCAAGCUGCUUCUCCAUCGACCCUUCUUCAGGUGCGCAGUGCUGAUGUUUCAGCAGGAAUUUGCCCAGCGGUUAGUAGCCAAGCCUGGAGACAAGCUGUACUGCAGACUCUCUAUCAACACCCAGCUCCUGGCCAGGGUGGAUCACCUCAUGAAGGUUGGCAAGAACAACUUCAAGCCUCCACCGAAAGUCGAGUCCAGCGUUGUCCGGAUCGAGCCGCGCAACCCCCCUCCGCCUAUCAACUUUCAGGAGUGGGAUGGGCUGGUCAGAAUAGCCUUUGUACGGAAGAAUAAGACGCUUGGCGCAGCAUUCAAGACGAAAACGGUGAUGGAAAUGCUUGAAAAGAACUACAGGAUUCAUUGCUCCGUCAAAAGUAUUCCCGUAGCUGCAGAUUUCGACAUCAAGGACAAAGUUCAAACGAUUCUUGAAAGCAACGAUUUUGACAAGAUGAGGCCGCGGGUCAUGGACAUUGACGAUUUUCUUCGGUUGUUAAACUGUUUCAACACGGAGGGCAUCCACUUCUCUUAAUAUAUCAACCGCAGCUGAAAGGCAGAGCAGUGCCGACACCCGACUCUCGAAACACACAUCUGGUACCUCAUCUCCAUUAGGUGCACUUUCAGUGUCAACAAGAAGCAAGCACCCAGUUCCUUGAAGGCUUCAAAAAGCUACGGCUUUUGCUAGGGCUUGGGAAACGUCCCAUAGACGUGUGUAUUAAUGCCUGUCAUAGCCAAUAUAAUUCAGAGCAGCCAGAGGCAGGAUUUUGAGAAUUUUGUCCGUUUUCUGCUCAAGCAGAAAAAAUUCAAGUCUGGGGGUGAUAAAAUGACAAAACGAAUGAGGUUUAUGUUUUUAAAUUUAAAGAAACAAGCCCAGUUUCAUGGCCCUGCAAACCACAGCGUUCUGCGCUUACGAUUACCAUUCUCUGCUUACAGUGCUAGCAGGAACCUUCUGUGCUAACCCUGUAAGCACAGAAUCCUUAGUCACAGGAUGUACG